GAUGACACUACACACACUAACUGGGACCACUGAACAGUGUUAUUCUAUAGAACUGCAAUUUAAUGUGCACACUUCCUUAUCAUGACUUUGUGUAUAGUGUGUGCUGUCAGUAUGAAUAAAUUAUUUCUCAUAAUAAAAUUUCAGCUAGAUCAUAUCAUUAUAGGAUGAAUAAUGAACUCUUGGCUACAAGAAUAAUGAGAAUGUUCCCCUCAAGGUUAUUUCUCUGCUGUCUGCUGGGAAGUGCUUCUCUUGUGUAUGGACAGCAGGCUUUGACUGGACUGGCAGCAUCCAAUGAAUUCGGUGAUGGCACUGACCACACUGGAGAGAUCAUCUCAUUCUCUGAUGUUGGAUCAGGAGCUGAUGGUCUACCACGCCCCUGGCUUUGCUACACUGAAGACACUGGUAGUGUAUUGUGGCUUUUCCCCGAUGGGAGUGCAUUGCAAUUUGGAAGUACUUUGUUGGCAGUUCAGGACGAAGUGUUCAUCAGAGAUGUUACUAAUUUUGGCGUUGCUCUGUAUCGUGGUCCCACACACUUCAGUCCUGAUGGAGAACACUGCUGUGUGAGGAAUAACACAGCACUGAGGAUAUGUCUCACCUUCACUCCCUGCCCCACACUGACUCCCGUGUCUAAUGGAAUGAUUUCAUACGAUGCAACCACCAACAUGGCCACCUACACCUGUGACCCUGGGUACACCAUCAGUGGAGCUACUCCGAUAACUUGUAUGAGUGAUGAUGGUACUAGUGCUGGUACCUGGUCUCCAACACCAUCAGUCAUUUGUACAAUUGUGGAUUGUGGCUCUCCUCCCACCACUGGCAAUGGAUCUCCUGGAACACCCACCAGCACAACCUACCAAGGGACAGUGACCUACACCUGUGUCAGUGGAUAUGGGAUCUCCACUGGAGUCACCACAGCAAUGGCUACCUGUAUGGCUAGUGGGACCUGGGGACCUCUACCAACUUGUUCACUUGUUGACUGUGGUUCCCUGGACGCCCCCUCCAAUGGAGCAGUGGACACAUCCUCUGGAACCACCUUCAUGAUGACUGCUACCUACACCUGUAACACUGGCUACAAUAUGGUUGGAACUGUGACCAGGACCUGCCAGGCUAGUGCAAUAUGGAGCCUCACUGCACCCACCUGUACUGUGAUUUGCCCCAACCUUGGCGUACCAACCAAUGGAGGAGUGACGUACAGUGACACCACCAUCCCCAGAGCUAUGGACUCCACUGCCACCUACAGCUGUGUGACUGGGUAUGACUUCAGUGGGACACUAUCAAGGACUUGUGCUACCACUGGGUGGAGUGCGCUAAUUGGUGGUACUCCUACCUGUACAGUGAUUUGUCCCAACCUCCCUGUACCAACCAAUGGAGCACCACUUGUGUACAGUGACGCCACCAUCCCCAGAGCUGAGGGCUCCAUGGUUACCUACACCUGUACUGCUGGCUUUGAACUAAUUGGUACCUCAAUGAGGACAUGUAGUGACAGUGGAUGGGAUGGAACUGCACCAACCUGUAGAUCCAUCUGUGAUAUCCUUACUGUACCAGACAAUGGAGUGAUCAGCUACAGUCCAGACACCACCCCCAGACUAGACGGAGCCGUGGCUACAUACAGCUGUGAUGAGGGAUACAGAGUGUCCAGUGGACCUGAUAGAGAUUGUGGGAUCAGUGGAAAGUGGAGUGGAAUGAGCAUUACUUGUCCAAUUGUGGACUGUGGUGUCCCUCCUAUGGUUGCCAGUAGCACCAGAACAUUCCCUCCGACAACAUUUGGACAGACUGUCACUUAUUCUUGUCAAGACAACUUUGUGUUAUCUGGGAAUUCAACCCUGACUUGUAUGGCUAGUGGACUCUGGGGCACACCUCCAAUAUGCUCUCCUAUUUGUCAGGAUCUUCCCUCACCUUCUAAUGGAGUGGUUAGCUAUGAUACGAUGUUCUCCCCAAGACCAGGGGGGACAGUGGCCACCUACACCUGUGGCACUGGGUACGAUAUCUUUGGUCCCAGAACAAAAACAUGUCAAUCAGACACUACCUGGAGUGGAGGAGACAUUGUCUGUGAAGCAAGCUGUCCUGCUCUCACUCUAUCAAAUGGUGACAUCACUUACACCGUGGACACCUCACCUAUUCCAGUGGGUACUGUGGCUACCCACUCCUGUAGUGCCACGUUUGUGCUCUCUGGUGAUGCUACCAGGACAUGUACUAACAGUGCUAGUGGAGGAAUGUGGAGUGGAUCAAUACUAACAUGUAUUGGAACAUGUGAGGACCUACCCAGCAUCACUAAUGGAGUCAUUGCUUAUUCAUCGACCUCUCCUCCACGCACUGAUGAGAGUACUGCCACUUAUUCUUGUGGGAUGGGGUCUUUGCUACGUGGAGACAAUAUGAGAACAUGUCAAUCAGACCGUAACUGGAGUGGGGCUGAACCAUUUUGUCAAACCAUACAAGUGGUGAUCAGCCCCAGUGGUGUUUCAAUGGCUGGUCAGAGUUUCUCCCUCACUUGUUCCCUGAGUGGAGGGGCCUCUCUACAACCCACCCUCUCCUACCAGUGGACGAGGGAGGGAGGGUCACUCAUGACCAGCACAGCAACCCUCAACUUUGACACUCUCUAUACUUGUCAGACGCUGGUCAGUACAGCUGUCAGGUCAUCCUCACCUCCAGUCAGCUUGAGGGGGAACACACUGUAGCUGCUCACUACACCAUUGAGUUCAGGACACUCAACAUUCAACUCCGUCUGGAUGGAAUAACAAACUGUGAGGUGUACAUUGAGUCAGGAAGAAGUGCCAUAGCCAGUGACAUCACUACCAGACUAUCUCAAGGUGUUGAAGGAUUGUGUGCUUGUGGGUUCAGCCCCUCCCUUCUCACUGACGAGUUCAUCAAUUGUUUCGAUGGCUCUUCUAGUCAUGUGACCUACAGAGCUGUGCUGACUGGAACAGAGAGUGUAUCUGCUGUGGAACUGAUUUCUUUAAUUGAACGAUGGAUCAGCGACACUUCAAGCAUCAUCGUACAAAGUACCCGACUUGGUUUGACAAACACUUGCCCUGUGGUGAUCACUGACAGAGACAGUCCAGAGUGCCCUGAGGAUAUUACUAAUCGGACAACUGCUACUACCUCACCCACAGAGAGUGUAGUGGUCAAUGUUGGUGCAGUGGCUGGUGGGGUGGUUGCUGGAGUCUUGGCCAUUGCUGUGCUAGUACUGAUCGUAAUAGUGGUGCUGUUGUUACUAAGGCUACGGAGGUAUGGAUCCAAGGACAUGAGUGAUGAGAAGACAGGCAGCCAACCAACACAACUACCCCCAGUGGUGAUGAGUCAUCUCCCCUCCCAUGAUUACGAGGGAUUGAGCAAACUACAGGAGGAGGCUGCCUAUGAGGUGGUGGACCAGCCACGCCCCCCUCCUCCUGCAGACUACCAGCUCUCAGCCUGUGCAGCUUAUGCAUCCACUGACUGCAACACAGAGAACAAGUAGACACUAUAACAACAGUCUAGUUAAUCAAUGUAUGUGUCACUGUUUCAUGUAGUCGUAUUGUAGUUUUAGGCCACUGUUAGUUGCAUACUUGUUUCAUGAGAAUACUAGCUCGACCCGAUGAGGGAGGGAGGUCUUCAUUACCCAUUAUCCCAUUAUUUGAUGAUGUCAUAUCCUGUUUUUUUAACUGACGAAAAUACACAAAAGGACGGAGUCUGAACAAUAAUUACAUAAAAAUAGUUUAAUUUUUUUACACACUGGCUUUUUGGUGCACAAUGCAACUUGCAACAUGGCACAUGGUGAAAUAAUGCAAUGUCAGCCAAAAAAAGGACUUUGACCUCAAAUAAUAG